GCAACUUUGCUGCGCCCAUUUGUCGGCAAGCACAGCCCACACCAACGCCAUGGCGACGAUGCCCUCUACACGACUGCUACGACCCGGUUUGGCGUCGACGCCAUCCGACGCCCUCCUCGUCUUUCUCGUCCCCUCAGCCCAAUGCGCGCACAAUGGCUCCAGGGCCUGCUUUUCGACGUCACCACAAUGGCGGAAGAGGGACAACAACAAAAUCAGAGGCGUGUCUGCAGUGAGGGCGACAGCCCUGCGGCCACGGCAAACGCUGUCGGUCAGGCAAAAAGAUUUUGAGAAGCAGCAAUUGCCAAAGCCGGUGCCAAUCGAACACAAAGUUACCGGCACCCCAGAUCAUGGACUGUGGGGAUUCUUCAAGGACCAAAAGCUGCUGCAGACACCAGUGGAUGAGCAGAGGCAUGGCAGAGCGUGGACUGUCGGCGAGCUGCGUAGUCGAGAUUGGGACGCCCUCCACCAGCUGUGGUGGGUAUGCGUCAAAGAGCGGAAUCGCCUUGCGACAGAGAAGAUUGAGCGGAAGCGCCUCAAUGCCGGCUAUGGCGACUAUGAGAAUCAAGAGCGCGACAAGACAGUGCAGGAAACGAUGAAGGCAAUCUUGGACACACUGGCUGAGAGGCAUCAGGCGUACCAAGAGGCAUAUGCUCUGGCACAGCGUGAUCCGGACAUUGAUUUGUCUAGGACGGAUGGCCCACAGUACACACAACCACCAUAUGACCCACUAGAAGCUGAUGAUGCACUAUACGAGGCUCAAGCUGCCUCGACGAGCGAGGAGCCUGGGAAGGACAAGACGAUAGCAGAGUCGAGAUGAAUGCUGCAUGUUUGAAGACGGCCCGCAUGUCCUUAUUGCUACAAAAUCUACCCAGCUAGCGUGCACUCGGACGAGUUCUGCACAUCUAUUUGGCAUGCUGGGGACAACGAUGGUACAUAUAUGCGACUACAAUCAGUACGGGGUAUAUGCAAGAUCCUGGGCGGCGAUGAACAAGGGUUCAUUCACAGUGCACAUAUACAAACAAAGGCUCGUCCAGCAGUCAAAGCAGCCUGG